CAACCUUGAAGAGAACGUCUAUAUCCGCCAUUUUGAUAGUUUCUUCAUUUGUGGGACAGUAGAGGACGACAUGAUGAUUUUCGCUGUAGCUUUCGUCAGCCUUUUCGUAUCGGCCACCUGUGAUUUUGGGCUGAUCAACCUGUUGUAUUGGAAAGCCGAUGCUAACCUGGAUCAUAUCAUAUCUAAGUCAGAGCUACAGACCAUCUGGCAUGGCUUUGAUAAGAACGGUGACAAAAGAGUGACCCAAGCGGAAUUUGCACCUUAUUGGUCGGAAAUCACCGGACAUUCCCAAGAGAUAGCAGUAGCGUAUUUUUUAUUGGCUGAUUUGAACGAUGACGGAGUGAUCGACCAAUCAGAUCUCGACGCUCUCUACAAGCUGUUUGACAGAGAUGGUAAUGGGCAAGUGUCUGCCGAGGAAUUUUCCCUCACCUGGCAAAAGAUUAUCCUUGACAUGCCGUUCGCGGUGAUGUUUGAGGCCGGUGACAUCAAUAAAGAUGACCUGCUCACGGCUCAGGAGUUCAACUCGGCCUUUUUCUACCUUGACACCAACCGUGAUCAGCAGCUGAGAGAGGGUGAGUUCUCGGCACAGUGGAUGAACCGCGGCUUCGGCGCAAGCCAUCAGGCCACAGAGCUCUUCAAUCAAAUGGACCUCAACCGUGACCACGUGGUCAGUGCCGCGGACCUCAGCCAACUGUUCACCAGAUACGACUCUUCAUUGGACCACAAAAUUAGCCUAGCAGAGAUGAUCCAUAUGGCCGGACUGGUUCCUCCGCUGUCGACCAAUCGCUUAGGCCGUGCUUCGGAGAUCCAGUAUGAAGUUUAUUUGUUCGAUGCCGUCGAUACUGACAACAAUACACUCCUGGACAGCGCUGAAUUACGGGCGUUAUUCCUCAUUUUUGAUCAGAACAACGACAGUGUAAUCCUGGAGGCUGAGUUCAAAUCGGAAUGGGUGACCUAUCUUAAGUUGGGUAGCCCUGAGCAGGCGGCCACUCUCUUCAAGAGGGCAGACUUGAAUGCGGACGGCGUUUUGACGUCAGCGGAUCUGCCAGCUAUCUUCAGAUAUUUUGAUCAAGACGGAGACAGUCACGUCUCGUUGAAUGAAUUCUUGACCCAGUGGGGUGCCCUUCAGCUCGGCCCGGUCAACACUGGAACUGUCGUCAUCGGUUAACCAGAUCGUGGGCGGUGUCGGGCAGGGUGCAGUGUCAAACAGUGUGCGGUGUGGGACAGUGUGCAGCGGAGGACAGUGUACAAUGGCGGAUAAUGAGUGGUGUCUGUCCACUACAGCUGUUUUUGGUAGAAAGUGUGUGAAAAGCUAUAAAUUAUACAAUAAAUGUUAAUUGUAUGUUGAA